AUGAUUUAUAAAAUAUAUUUUUGCAUGCUAUUGCAUUUUGUGUAUGAGGUUGAUCCUGCGGUGGUAGAUCCUCCAAAGUUGCCAUCGUAUUUUAAAAUAUGUUCCCAAUCUGCACCGAAUUUAGGAAAGUGCAUAAAAAAAUCAGUAGAGGAACUAAAACCACUGCUAAUCAAAGGAAUACCUGAUCUAGACAUACCUAGUGUUGAGCCCCUACAUAUACCGGAGGUGGUUAUCGAUCAAGGAUCGGGACCUGUUGCGCUCAAAUCUGUCUACAAAGAUAUUAAAGUGUAUGGACCUUCUAAAUUUAUCAUUAAGGAUAUUAAAGUAGACUUAGAGAAGGAUAAAAUGAGAAUCAGAUUAUUUAUACCGCGUCUUAAAGUUGUCUGCAACUACAAUAUGGAAGGAAAAAUCAUGAUGAUGCCUAUAUCCGGUUCAGGAAAAAGUUCUUCGAAUUAUAGUGAAGCAAUGAAUAUGUUCCUUAACGACAAUUGGAAGCAAAUUGCAAAUGAAAUCAAACCUGUACUCGAAGAUAACAUAGCAAUGAUUUUCAAGAAAUUCGCCAACAAAAUAUUUCAUAAAUAUCCUAAAAAUGUUUUAUUGCCAAAAUAA